GUUGUUGUGGUUCCGCGUGGUGCUGGGAGUUUGGGGUUGGCUCCUCCUUGCCUGCUGGGAACAAACUCCAACCUGCCGGGGCCCAGGCCGCACUCAGGAAGACUCUCGGCAAGUUGGGCGCCCUGCGAGCACGUGCCCCUGCUGGAUAAUCUGCGUGGACGUUCAAGUGCUUGGCGACCGGGAGGUGCCUGCGGGCGUUGGUCAGACCGUAAGGGGUCGCGGACUUUGCUUCCGUAGCUGCAGCUCUUGGCCGGUCCAGACCGGCUGCGCCCAUCUCACCUGUAAACACAAGGUCCAGCAGUGUCUGCCUCUUCCCGCUGUGCUCGCAGCGUGGGACCAUGAGGAACACCAGCAAGGAACUCCAGGGCGCCGCGGCGCAACGCUACGCUCCCUGCGAUUGGUAUUACCACCACCCCGUGAAGCUGUCUGAGAAGGCCGUGGAUGCCCCGCCAGCAUCCCAGAUCCCAGGUCUCAGCCACUGGGGAGACUCAUAUGAGAAUAUGCUUGGGAAUCGGAGAUACUGGAUAAAAGAAACAGAUUCGGAGUAUGUGAAGCUCGCCAAACAAGGCGGCAGGUCUGAUUUGCUGAUGCACUUGGCCCCCGGGACAAGGAAGGGCUCCGCAGCUGCCUACUCCCUGCCAGACUGGUAUAUCCACCACAGCAAGCCGCCAACGGCCAACCAGCGGGAAGUUCCUGCCUUCUGCAUGCCAGACUACAUGGUUUAUGAAGAAUUUAACCCUGAUCAGGCCAACGGUAGCUAUGAGUCCAGAAGGGGGCCCUUCGACUUCGACAUGAAAACGAUUUGGCAAAGAGAGGCCGAGGAACUUGAAAAGGAGAAAAAAAAGGUGAAGCUCCCAGCCAUCAACUCAAAGUAUACGAGCAAAGUGGGGACCCCACUUGGCCCUAAAGACCCUUCUGGAAGCAGGCUGUCCUUCCCUCCGAUGCCUGGCCAGAAAACCAGUUCACCAACAAACUUUUCCAAACUUAUUAGCAAUGGUUAUAAGGAUGAGUGGUUACAACAGCAUCGAGCCAAUUCAGACAAGAGGACCCCAAAGACACCCAGGGCAUCUACAUCGUCAUCUCAGCCCACACAAGACCUGGAAGGGCCCCAGGAUGCAGAGACACCCCAAGACACAGAGGCUCCAGAAGGCUCUGGAAACGCUGAAGGCCCCGAAGGAUCUCCAUCCCCAUCCACACCAGCGGAGCUCGAGUAAACCUCGAUGCAGGAUGUAUUCAGGAUAACUUUUUUAGUGCCUAAAAAUGCUAUUACUCUGCUAACAGCUAUAUUUAUAAGGCUCCUGUUAUAUUUUAUUGAUAUAUAUUCUUAUAUUCUUAUAUUUAUCUUGUAGUAGUUUUGACAUUGCGUGAUAGUGCAAGUGUUGAGUUUUGUUUGAAGCAUUUCUUCAUUUCUCUGGGGUGUUACACACGUACUCGGUAAAUAUAACUAAGGCCUCUGCUACCUUUUGCCUUGCUGACCUGGUCACAUCCCAGUGUUUGGGGACCAGUCACUUCCUCUUUGUCAUCAGCUAACAUCACCUCCUCUUGUGUGAACCACUGUUGGGUGGUGUCUCUACUAGAUUCUUACAUAGGAGAAACUCGCAGAACAAGCUUUAGGCCUUUUGCAUUAUUUGGUCCUGUAAUCUUUGUAGAAAUAACUUCCCAGUUAUAAAAAAAGUUAAUUCCAAAAUAUGGUGAUAUAGUUUAAAUGUGAAAACGUUUUAAUUUAUCAUGCCUUGAAGUUGUAAACAUUUCAUGUAAAACAUUGUAACAUUGCUAGUUUUAAAUUUUUGUUAAUACUUUUUACAUAAACUGAAGUUCAAAAUAUGAAGUAUUUAAGCUUUUGUAUCCUUUAAGCAAAAAUAUGUUGCAUUGUGAUACUGAAUUUAGCAGGCUGAACAAAAAAUUUUAAUAGAUGGAAUUCUCUUGUUUUAUAAUUUUUUAUUGUUUAUAUAUAAGGAAUUACCAUUAAAAGAUAGUUUUAUAUUUUAUACAUUUAAUUGAUUAAUAAAAUAAUAAUUUUAUGUAGGAAGGUUUUCAGAAAGCCAAAUAAGUUCACAGAUACUUUACCUUCUUUUCCAGAAUAAGCUUAUCAUGCACUUGCUUACCUAGAAUUUAAGUUUCAAAUUAGUUUUGUAAAUGAGAUAUUCAAUUGAGCGUAUAUACUUAUGUUAUUUGAUCAAACUGAUACAUGAGAGAAUGUAUGCAAUGUGUAACAAUGUGAAUGGCUGUACGUAUUGAAUAAAAAGAACAUUCCAUC